CCCCCCCCCCUCCUUUUCCUCUUCCAAUCCAAGGGAAAGGGAGCGGGAGCGCGCCUCUGCUGCACCCAGAGAGAGAGAGGAGCCGAGGAAGGAGCCAGACUUGGAGUCUGAUCCCAAAGCUCUGUCUCCCUUGGAAGGAGGGGGAAAAGAGAAGGAUCCCUCUGGAGCUCGGGCACAAAGGCAGGGAGAGACAGACAGACAGAAGGAGGAGGAGAGCACAAUGGAGGCGCCUCGCUUGGAUCACCAUCCCAUAAGCAGCCCCACCAGUCCCUGCGAGGAUGUCAUCAAGAACCUCAGCCUGGAGGCCAUCCAGCUCUGCGACCGGGAUGGAAAUAAAUCACAAGAUAGUGGCAUUGCAGAAAUGGAAGAGCUUCCGGUUCCACACAACAUCAAGAUCAGCAACAUCACCUGCGAUUCAUUCAAGAUUUCAUGGGACAUGGAUUCCAAAUCCAAGGAGCGCAUCACUCACUACUUCAUUGACCUAAACAAGAAAGAGAACAAGAAUUCCAACAAAUUUAAGCAUAAGGAUGUGCCCACAAAACUAGUGGCCAAAGCUGUCCCUUUGCCAAUGACUGUUCGUGGACACUGGUUUCUGAGCCCAAGAACCGAGUAUACAGUGGCUGUACAGACUGCGUCAAAGCAAGUUGAUGGCGAUUACAUGGUUUCAGAGUGGAGUGAAAUCAUCGAAUUCUGUACAGCAGAUUAUUCAAAGGUUCACCUAACACAGCUUUUGGAGAAAGCGGAAGUGAUUGCAGGACGCAUGCUGAAGUUUUCAGUCUUCUAUCGAAACCAGCACAAAGAAUACUUUGACUACAUCAGAGAGCAGCAUGGAAGUGUUCUGCAGCCUUCAGUCAAGGAUAACAGUGGGAGCCAUGGCUCUCCAAUCAGCGGGAAGCUGGAGGGCAUCUUCUUUAGCUGCAACACUGAAUUCAACACUGGGAAGCCACCCCAAGAUUCACCGUAUGGAAGAUACAGGUUUGAGAUCAUGGCAGAAAAACUUUUCAACCCAAAUACCAACUUGUACUUUGGGGACUUCUACUGCAUGUACACGGCUUACCACUACGUCAUCCUCGUCCUCGCACCCAUCGGGUCGCCGGGAGAUGAAUUCUGUAAGCAGCGCCUCCCUCAGCUGAACUUGCAGGAUAACAAUUUUUUAACCUGCACUGAAGAAGAUGGGGUCAUGGUUUACCACCAUGCCCAGGAUGUAAUCUUGGAAGUGAUUUACACUGACCCUGUGGAUCUCUCCCUUGGCACAGUUGCAGAAAUUACUGGUCAUCAGUUAAUGAGCUUGUCGACUGCCAAUGCUAAGAAAGAUCCCAGCUGCAAGACGUGUAACAUCAGUGUUGGACGUUAAUGUCAACCCCUUCCCUUUUCCCUUAGGAGCCUUCUCUGUUGCCUAUUCCCAUUGUCAGCUGUUCUCAUCAGACGCAUGCAUAAUGCUGUUCUUACCAAAAGCAGACACAAGUGAUCAAAUUCUUCAAUAGUAUUCUUUGAGCAGAACUACAUGUCCAAGCGGAUACCUGCCGAAAUGGCAUCCUCUGUCAAGUGUUGUCCUUCCCUCCUGUAAUGCUUAAGGUUGGCAACAUAUUCAUGGUGCUGGGAUGUUCUCUCUCUCAUGUUUAUGUGGCUCUUUAUCCCUAUCCACCAGGCUUGAUGGAUUGUGGUGGGAACCACAUAACAGGACAGCAUUACAGGGAGGGUAAGCAGGCCACACUGGAGUCCCCGGUGACGCAGUGGGUUAAACCCCUGUGCCGGCAGGACUGAAGACCGACGGGUUCAAAUCCGGGGAGAGGCGGAUGAGCUCCCUCUAUCAACUCCAGCUCCUCAUGCGGGGACAUGAGAGAAGCCUCCCACAAGGAUGAUAAAAACAUCAAAUCAUCCAGGCGUCCCCUGGGCAACGUCCUUGCAGACAGCCAAUUCUCUCACACCAGAAGCGACUUGCAGUUUCUCAAGUUGCUCCUGACAUGACAAAAAGCAGGCCACAGGUUACAAGAUGGGAGGAGCAGCAGAAGAGGAAACAGUCUGGGCAUGAUGUUAUCAGUGGCAGUUCUGUAUCCAGUGUGACAUGUAGUUCUGCCCUUUGUAUUUCUUCCCACCUAUCCUCCCGUUCUGGUCCACCAGUGCUUUCAACUGUUAGAACUCUUGGGUUUUUCUUUAUAGCGACCAUUUAUAUAUCUAGAUGCUGCAAUUGGUGUUAAAUUUUCUUUGUCCCUCCCCCCCUGUUUCUUCAUAUUGCCAAAUGUAACAAAUCUAUAUAAACAAGCUUUAGCAAAAUAAAAACUACUGGCUUCUAAAUGGUGUUUAAAUAUGCAUUCAUUUUAAUCUACUGAACAACUUAACUGGGAUCUCUCCAAACAGCAUGAACUGCAGCAUGAUUGAACUCACAGCCUAGAAAAAAAAAAUGUCAGCACUUCCAAUGUGUUGUUUGACAGUGUUAUUUAUGUUAUUUAUCUUAGCUAACAAACCAACCGACCCUGUGUUUCAACUUAAUAAAUAGAAAAAUAUUUUAUUUGUACCGUUGUAUAAAAUAUUAUACAAUCAUAUAGAAUAUAUAGAUUACAUUUUAAUAGCAACUGUAUACAUAUGUCAUGAAACCAUUUUCCCUUAUCAAAGAUGUAGUUUGUAAACUUCAAAUACUUGUGUAUGUUCCUGUUGCUCUUACAUGACUUUUAAUUAAAACAGAUUUAUGAAGGA